UUCCCCACACCUGUUUUCUCCUUCCCCGUUUUAUGUCCUCACCUUCUCUAUGUCACUUUCUCUCCAACUCACAUCUCCUCCAUGGCGGACCGUCACCAGCAACCCCAGCCGGCCCAGCAGAACCACCAGCACCGAUCCCAAACUACCCGAUCCUCCCACGGCUCCUUCCUAAGUAAACUCCAAGCCCACGUCCCCAACUCCACCCAGCUCAUCGGACUACUCACCCUCCUCGUCUCCGGCGGCAUUCUCCUACUCCUCACAGGAAUCACCAUCACCGCUACAGUUUUAGGGCUCAUCUUUUUCACGCCAAUUCUCAUCGUUUCAAGCCCCGUAUGGGUCCCACUCGUCACGGUCCUGUUCCUCACCGCAGCCGGGUUCGUGUCCAUGUGCGGCUUCGGCGCCGCCGUCGUGGGCGGGUUGUCGUGGAUGUACAGGUACUUCAAGGGGAUGCACCCGCCCGGUUCGGACCGGGUUGACUACGCUCGGAGUAGGAUUUACGACACGGCUAGCCACGUCAAGGACUAUGCCAAAGAUUACGGUGGGUAUUUGCAUAGUAAGGUCAAGGAUGCAGCUCCGGGAGCUUAGCCGGAGUGGUGAUCGGGGUUUUCUUUUGAAACCGGAAGAAAUGUUGGACCGGGUUUUUUUCAUUUAUUUAUUUACAUUUUCCUGUUUGGUGUGUCUCUUUUGUUACUUUUGACUAUAUAUGAGGUUCUACGUUUUUGUUUUA